GGGGACGGGUGGGUUUGCUGACGUGUGUGCGCGCCGGCUGGUUGUGUCCCCCGGAUCCCUCUCUCCCGUUGACGAUGCGCGGCUCCGUUCUCUCGGUGCUCAGCCGCUUCUUCCAGGAGUACGCGGCCGGCACUCCCCUCAAGCUGAAGCUGCUCGACUCGUAUCUGCUGUACAUGGCGCUGAGCGGCGCCGCCCAGUUCCUGUACUGCGCGCUGGUCGGCACCUUCCCCUUCAACUCGUUCCUGUCCGGGUUCAUCGCCUGUGUGGGCGCCUUCGUGCUGGCGGUUUGCUUGCGGAUACAGAUCAACCCUCAGAACAAAGGCGAUUUCAUUGGCAUUUCACCAGAGCGGGCAUUUGCUGACUUCCUCUUCGCCAGCACCAUCCUUCACUUGGUGGUGAUCAACUUCAUAGGCUAAAUCCGUGCAGCAGGAAUAAUGUAACCCCAGCAGAUUGGAGCCCAUGUUGGUGCUGCAUUGGAUCAGUUUGAAUUUUGUUUACAAAUUUUGUUUCAUUCCGUAUAUGUAUUAAACAAAAUAAAAAAAAGUCUUUUACAAAA